CCAUGAUGUAACAGGCUGAUAGCGUUCACGUCUGCUAUGCUAAUUUGGUAUCAUGUAUUAGUGGUGAACAGAUCUUGGAGCGUGCGUGGGCAGAAUUGUGGCUUAGAUAACAUCAGCCCCCAAUGCAGAUGUAGGGUUGCGCCUCACUGAUAUUCUGCAGCCUUACGCUUCAGCUGUUAGCUGAGCAAUAGCGAAAGCUUCUCGUCUCAAACAGACUAUAGCUAUGUUUCUCUAUGCCCUCGGUGUCGCGUCAUCGUCGUACUUUUCGUGAGACCUAUAUCGUCUACCAUUCGAUACUUAAGUAACUGGAUGCGACACGGUCGGGUAUAUGGAGCCGUUAAUAGCCAUAAAGCUUCCAGAGCUAGUCCGCGACUCGAGACUCGAGGCUACCGUGAACGGGGACAAUAUAGUCCACGUGUACUACGAACGACCGGGGCGGCGCGCCGAGCCACAACGAGAGGUAUGGAAGAAAGAGCGCCUUAUCGGCAGCGGUGGAAAUGGAGUGGUAUGGCUAGAAAAGCGGCUCGCGGCAAGAUCAGAGGAGGCAGAGGAGGAUCAGAUACAUUUCCGAGCCGUUAAGCAGAUCACAUCAGCCCAGUCUAGGCCAGUGUUGGAGAUCUGCAAAUCGGAACUGGAGGCGCUGGCCAAGUUUUCGACUAGGAAAUAUAAACGAUGCUUUGUACGGUCAUUCGGAUGGUACGAGAGCUCUGGGUUUCUCUUCAUUGCUAUGGAAUAUUGCCCAUUAGGUGACCUUCAACAGCUUUUGACAGAGUGUACAAAGCUGCCAGAGAGCGACACUCGCGAAAUAAUCAGCCAGGUCGCCCAGGGACUACAAUUCAUGCAUGAUGAAGGAUUUACACAUCGAGAUUUAAAACCAGGAAACGUCCUAAUUAUGUCCCGCCCGCCCGAGUAUGACUGGUGGGUAAAAAUUGGCGAUAUGGGACUGAGUAAACGCAUCGAGGAGGUAGGGGCAGGAACGACUAGUCUCAAGGGCACGCCAGGAUUUUUUGCACCCGAGCAACUCGGUAUCGGGGGCAUCGACCCGAAAAUGGCGGACCCCUUUAAAUCCGACAUCUGGUGCCUGGGCGAAAUGACUUUCCGAAUGCUCCGAGGUGAAGCAGUAUUUCCAUCCCACAACGACCUGCGCAGAUAUUAUCACGGCAUAAUCUCUUUUCCAGACCAGCGCUUGUAUGAGAUUGAAGUGUCCACGCCUGCAAUAUCAUUCGUUUCGAGCGCAAUGCUUGCAUCACCACAGUCAAGAUUAAAUGCCCAUCAAGCGUUCAAUCAUGAGUGGUUGGUGACUAUACACGAUAAUUUCACAAUUGGUCAAGCAAAUCAAGGUCACCCUGUCCUAGGUCCGUCUUACACCAAGCCGAAUGGUGACCCAUAUCUCAUCACUCAACCCUCAGCACCCUGGAGUACUAUAUCUCACCCAUUUCGACCGUCUGGGAUAGAAUCCACGAUCCGGCCCUUUAGCAUGGAAGGGCACCCGAAUAGCAAAGUCGCCCCCUGGCCCCCUUUAAGCCAUAACGCCGCAGAAUGUGAUGAAGAUUCAGAAACACCUAGGGCUUCCCAUACUAUACGCCAAACUAUGACCCUGGAAGGUAUUAAAUCGAUGAUGGGCACCGAGAACCACAGCCAUAACCCGCGCUCGGGUAGUAGGACUGGUACUCAACAUAGAACAAGCAGGCACGACCAAAGCCCCAGCAUACAUUGUUGCAUUCAGAAAGAAUCCUCUAACCUUAAGUCAACUACGACAGCAGCCGGGGUUCCCCCAAUUAUUCAUUUUACAGCAUCAGGAGGUUCUGAUCAGGAUAGCAGAAGUAGCUGCUCUGUUGAAUUAGAAAUAGAUGACGCGGCGGAGUCAAUGGCAAAGCUGAUUAAGAUUGAGGAUUACUUUGACUACACCAUACAGCCAAGUUCAUUAAACUUUUUAGAACUGCGAGCACGGAGGAAGGCUCUAAAAGACCGGGUUAAUGUUAUGCUCAACACCUUAGAAACGGCAAAGAAAGAAUUUGACGAGCAAGAAAAGAAACAGCAAGGGAUGAAGUGGAGUGAUGGACAUUCACGACCACCAUCUCGGCAGGGUUUAGCAGGAGACGUAAAAGAAAAAUUACCCUUGUCAACCUGCGAGACAGUACAUAUGACGGAACGCGACAAACUAUGGAACAGCGUUGGCGUUGAGGAACGUCACUGGAGUCAUCAUGCCUGGGAGGAUAUCUUUGCCUCGCCAGAUCCAUCAGAGGAUGAUGCUGUCUACGUUGACGAAUUCAAUCCAAUAAAUAUCAGCAAGAAGAGAUCGAUCGAAGGAUAGAUCAUGCCAGAUCAUGUGUAGGCACUACUAAAUAAUCCAUCCGCUAACUGAUAUCCGCCAAAAUGAACUGUUCUAGAGCCGUUCCCUCCUCUCGAAGGUGUUGUUGGAGUAUGUCUCCUCUUAGGAGACCAGGCAGUACUAGUGAAUCAUCAUCAAAUGACGCAGUUCGUUAGGAACCGCCAGCACUGCCACGAAAGACCUACUUUACGAUUGCAACCCAGGGAAUCAUGUUUGAAGAAAGGAAGACGCCCUUUAAACCUCCAUUAAUCUACGACAGAGUCUACGGACAAGUCUCCUAACACUGCUCCAAAGGUCCGCUGCUACCACAGACGGUAUCACGG